AUGGCCAGUCCAGUCAUCAACCCAUUUGGUGCGCGUGGUCAGAGAGGAGCAGCUACCAAUUCGUCUACGACAGGUCGUGGCCGAGGAGCAACAUCUGCUCGGGGCUCGCAGUUUCAACCAAGAGGCUCCAGUGCUCCAAGAGGGAAAUUUGUCAACCGAGGACGAGGCGCACCACCAUUUCGUGGCCGGGGCCGUGGACGUGGAGCUGGCGCUGGCGCUACGCCCACGAGUACACCGCAUUUAGGAGCACCGGCUGCGACACCCAAUUCUUCUCAGUCACAACCGAUAAACUCCCCUUUCGCCCAGUUGAACCAAAAUAAAACGCCUUCAAACCCUUUUGGAGCAGUACAGGCCCAAAUGAAUUCGUCGUUUGGGGGCUCACAGCAGGGAUCUGCCCGCCCUAUCUCUCCAGGCAGUCAGAAUGCGAACCCAGCUGGGCGAGGUUUGCGAAACGUUUCCGUGGAGGAUGCGACGAAGCAAGCUCAAUAUCAUGAGCGCUACGACCAGCUUAAACUCGACCGCGCCAAGCAAAGACAACAUGCCAUUAAGGCCGGCCAAAUGGCUGACCCGAACCAACCCACGUCACUCAAUAAAGCCAUCACGCCAGUGGGCACCUGUACUAGCAUGUGCCCUGAAUUCGAACGUGUUGAGCGCAUUGUGCAAAAGAUGGUGGACAAGAGCGAAAAGUACCUUCACCCAUCAACAGGAACUCUCCAAAAUAUGGAGACCAAGAUGCUGAAGCGAUUUCGACGUUCAGCUGCAGGAUAUGAUGAGCAGCUUCCUUCUGAUAUCCGGACUCCAAACACCUUGUUGCAAAGUACGAACUAUCUCAUCCGUCAUAUUGUCGGUGGCCGCGAGCCGUUAGGAAUCGUCCACAAGUUUGUCUGGGACCGUACACGAUCGAUUCGCAACGACUUCUCCGUCCAGCAAGUUACGCAAGACAAUGAUGUGAGGACUGCAGUCAUCUGUAUGGAGAGAAUUGCUCGAUUUCAUAUUGUCUCACUUCAUAUUCUAUCCGGCCCAGCGAACGAGGAGCCUUUCGACCGUCACCAGGAGAGAGAACAGUUGAACAACACCAUGCUUUCAUUAAUGUACUACUAUGAUGAUAAUCGUGACCGUAUCGAUUUCCCAAACGAAGAUGAGUUUCGCGCGUACCUUAUCAUCUUCUCCAUCCAUGACCAGCGACCGGAUCUCGAAGCUCGUGUUUCAAAAUGGCCUCCUUCCCUUUUGAAGUCCCCACGCGUGCAAGUCGCAUUGGAGCUUUAUGCAGCUGCUUGUAAUACCUGGGAGUACCAAGGGACUUUGGAUGCACGAAGACCCAACGCUAUUGCGCAGGGACUUUAUGCUCGUUUCUUCAAUAUCAUCAACUCGCCAAGUGUCUCCUAUUUAAUGGCAUGUGUUGCUGAAAUUUACUUCGGCUAUGUUCGCCAGACAGCCAUUCGGGGUAUUUGGAAAGGCUACUGCAAGACGCCCCUGUCACAACAACACAAGAAUGAGGAAUGGACGGUCGAGGAAUUAACAAAAGUGUUACAUUUUGAUGAUGAUGAACAGACGGUCAAGUUCUGCGAGGAACAAGAUUUGCAAUUGGCAGAAAAUGCGAACGGGGUGCUCUUUCUCAACUGGGGCAAUCGUCCUGUUGAUUCUAUCCAGUUCUCGCCUUCUUCGGAUCACGCUUAUUCGAAUUAUUGUGUGGAAUCCAAGAGAAUAGGAAGAAAUUUAGUCGCUGUUAUUCUGGGUAUGAGCGUGCAAGAGGCCGCUAAACUGGGCAUGAUCGACAAGUCACAGUUACAUGAAGUUACAGCCAUUUCGGAAAGUGCCGCUGGUGGCGAGGACGAAUCUCUUUUUGUUAGCGCCGAGGGUAAUUUGACGCCUGCCCCCGUGGUAGAGCCAAAUACCUCCACCCUGGAGCCUGACCACCCCAUGGAAUCUCCUGCAACCAACGUCUACAAUGUCUUUCAGAAACCUGCAUCACCAGAUAAUAGCGCUUUACUUGGUGCAGAUCAGUCAGCCACCCCACCAAGCAUUUCUACGCCGCAGCCUCCCGAUACUGUGGCCCAGUCUCCUUUCGCGUCCAUAUCCUUUGGAAACACUGCAGCGAACAAGGCCGAAGCAACGGGGGUGAUCGGCUCUACUCCAUCUCCUUUUGCGAUAGGUACAAGCCAAAAUUCUGCGUCGGCACCCUCGCAGUCUACCCUCUCUUUUUCCAAGCCGACAGAACCAGCGUCAACCUCUGUGUUUGCGCCGACGGCAUCUAGUCAGCCGCCUAAGUCGUCUCCUUUCGGUGGUUUAUUCCAGCCCACGUCAGGAUCUACACCCUCGACCGCAGCUCCAAACCCAUUUGCUGCAUCUUUAUCUUCGUUCACAAGUCCUCAAUCCUCCUCCCCAGCUACUCAGGCUGCUACCCCUGCCAUCGAUCCAAGUACCCAACAACCUACUCCCUCAGUUCCUACCUCAAAUCCCUUCUUCCCCUCCAGUGGAUCCAAAGAUUCUAGCUCUUCAGAAGUCCCUGCACCUCCUGCACCCAAAGAUUCUUCGAUCUUCGCAGCUGUGAACCCCCUCUUUUCUUCGACUGAGCCAACGAUUUUCAAAAAUACGCAAGAUGAAUCUCCCAAACCAUCGUUAUCCGGAGGUCUGUUUACUGGAAAUGGUGCAGCUAAGAAGACCAUCGAAGAUUCGAGCAAGUCCGAUCAAGUCGAAGAAAAGCCACUGGCAAGCGCCAGUCUUUUUGGUCCACCAUCAACAACCCCUCCAUCUUUCGCCGCUCCGACAUUCCAAGCACCCAAGCCAUUCUUCCCAUCCUCGAGUACUCCAGAGUUGACCGAGAACAAGACCAAGAAACCCGCCACAAUAUUUUCACAGCCAAUAACCUCCCCAUCGGCCAUCUCUCUUAGCCAACCUAUAAAGAGUACAUUAAACGAAGAAAAACCACAGAGUUUGGCAUCUGCGCCCCCUGAGGCGGUCUCGAUGGGCCGACUGGCUCCUUGGAAUCCUCUCUGUCAUCGCGAGACUCUCUUACGCCCACCAACAAGCGGAAGUUCUCAGAUGGGCCUACAGGCAAUUUACGAGACAGAAGAAGAAGAACGAGCCGCUUGGCACAGAAUUCUUAAACGUGUCGAGGAGAAACAAGCACGGAAGAAGGCCCGUCAACUUGAGCAGGAACAGCAACGCCAGCGUGAGCGGGAACGGGAACGGCAGCGGGAGCUUGAGCAAGCAAAGAAUCGGAAAAGGGCAUUGGAGGAAGCUGCUUUGGAACAGUCGCCGGAGGAACCGGAGUCCAAGACACUCAAAGUUUCUGAUCUGGUACCAAACUCAGCGCCGCCAAGCAAGUACUCUUUUGCUUCAACUUAUGCCAAACCACCCCCCACACUGCCAUGUCUGGAGCGCGUCAAAGGCUUGACAGAGCGUAAGGGGCUGACAGAUGCCGAGAUUGAGGCUGCGGACCAGGCGCGUCGAAAUCAUGAGAUUGAUCAAGAUGAAAUUCUCUUAUCUGCGGCUCGCAUUGCAGCUGAGCAAUUAAAGAAUGGACCCAAGAUCUUCGACGCGUACGAUUCGCAACCUGCCAGCGAGCUGCGACGCUACUCCUACAGCCCCCAUAGAAGUUUCUCUGCAUCAACUCCAUACACACAGAGCAUGUCGCCUCCAGAACAGCCCAAUCACGGAUACAAGGUAGCCUAUGCUCCCGAUACCCCGCUGGGAUUGGGUCGAACCCUGUCUCGCACGGAACAGAGAAUCAGGCGAACAGGAGCUCACGGGCUGGCCUACAUUCCCCUCGAUUUCAGUAAAACGCAUGCCAAAUCUUUGGAUAACAAGGACAAGUUCUCUAAGAGCCGAUAG